CUCUCUGUCUCUCUCCCUCAACAGCUUGAUUCCUCUCAAUUUCUCAAAUGGCUUUCAUCGAAUAUACUCUCGCACAAUCCCUUUCCUCAUCCUUACCUUUCGCUUUAUAUACCCAAAUCAACCAAUCUAGUCCUCAUCAUCCCCAAAAUCCUCACUAGUCCACUCCUCCGAUGGCGCUCAAGGCCGUGCACGUCUCCGACGUCCCCUCUCUCGAUCAGGUCCCGGAGUCCCCCGUUCUCUCACUCUCCUCUCCCCGUCUUCCCAAUGGGGCGGAGAUCGGACGCAAGGCUGAGAGGUUCUUGGUGAUCGGGCAUCGUGGGAAGGGGAUGAACGCGCUGGCGUCGCAGGAUCGACGCUUGAAGGCCGUGAAGGAGAACUCCAUCUUGUCCUUCAAUAUGGCCGGCCGUUUUCCCAUUGACUUCGUCGAGUUCGACGUUCAGGUUACAAGAGAUGAUUGCCCUAUUAUUUUCCACGAUGAUUUCAUCCUCACUGAAGAAAAUAAUCAUACUUCUGAGAAGCGAGUCACAGAUCUUACUUUGGAGGAGUUCUUAUCAUAUGGCCCUCAGAGAGAACCUGGCAAAAUUGGAAAACCAUUGUUUAGGAAGACCAAAGAUGGCAGAGUUUUUAAUUGGAAUGUGGAACUGGAUGACUCAUUCUGCACAUUAGCAGAAACAUUUCAAAAGGUUGACUCCCAUCUUGGUUUCAACAUUGAGUUGAAGUUUGAUGACAAUAUUAUAUACUCUGAAGAUCAUCUCACUCAUGUCUUACAAGUCAUCCUGAGGGUGGUUUUCCAAUUCGCCGGCGACAGACCUAUCAUUUUCUCUAGCUUCCAACCCGAUGCCGCACAGCUAAUUCGGAAACUACAAGACGUGUACCCUGUGUUCUUCCUCACAAAUGGAGGAACACAGACAUACACUGAUGUGAGAAGGAACUCAUUAGAGGAGGCCCUCAACCUAUGCCUAUCAAAUGGCUUACAAGGCAUUGUUUCAGAAGUGAGAGCAAUCUUCAGAAACCCAACCAUUGUUCCCAGAAUCAAGGAAUCCAAUCUUACUCUUCUAACCUAUGGACAGCUAAACAAUGUUCCUGAAGCUGUAUACAUGCAGCAUUUGAUGGGAGUAAAUGGUGUAAUCGUUGAUCUAGUGCAAGAGAUCACUGAAGCUGUUAUGGACUUCUCUAAUUCUUUAGAUGAGGUGAAAGAGAAUGAUAAAGGGGUGACCAGGCCUAAUUUUUCUCAGCGUGAGCUUGCUUUCUUGUUAAAGCUCAUACCUGAACUAAUUCAGCAAUAAGGAGUAGUGAAAUAUAUUAUUAUUCAAGGUGGCCAUACUCAGAUGCAAUGCAAGGCACUUUUUCUUUUUUUUUUUUUUGUUAAUUAGGGGCUAACUACUGUAUAUACAUUACAUAUGUAUGCAUACACAUGCUAUGUUUAUCAAACAGAAAACCAGGGAUGUCACCCUUUUAUUCUAUGUUGCUAGAACUUACAACUCCUUUGGUUUCACAAUUUUCACUCAUCUCUCUCUUC